UGGCCGCGAGGGGGUGGACAGAGUCGAUGCUGCGCGGCGCGGGAGCUUUGCGCUUUUGCACUUUGCAGCACAGGCCGCGACGACCGAACCCGAUUAUCUCUGGAAUCGAUCGUACGUCGGGCUCGACGGUCCCGUGGCGUGUGUCAUAGCCUGCGUACGCGUUGUUGCCGCAUAAAACGAGACGAACGAUGGAUCGAUUAUAUUAAUAUUAUCGUAUUAGACCUGCAUUAAUAAUAUUAUAUCGUACCGUUUCCACCGGAAAUGACGUCGUCAUCCGUCAAUCUACAGACCGCCGGGAUGUCGGACGCUGCGGAGGCUGUGGCGGCGGACGACGGGUCCGGGGCCGCGUCCUGUAGUCGCAACCCGCUGCUGUGUUUCCUGUGCGAGGACUACUACAGCGAUCCUUGCAUCCUUAUUUGUUUCCACACGUUUUGCGCCAAAUGCAUCCGGACCAAAAACCAAGAGGGCAAAAUCAACUGUCCCCUGUGCGGAACACAAACAACGUUGAAAGAAGGCGUACAGUUACCACCACCCGACUAUUUGAUGUGCAAAUUGAUCGAUAUGGUGAACGUUGAGAACCCCCCUUGCUCCAAUUGCGACAAACGCGAACCGUCCUCAAUGUAUUUUUGCUCCACUUGUGGUCAAGCCUUGUGCAAGCCCUGCCGAGAAAACACUCACCGUGCAAAAAUGUUUUCGUCACACGACAUUGUGCAAAUGUCCAAGCGCUUGGCGGACAAAACAGAAAUAUGUCCAAAGCACGACGAAAAGAUCAGCUAUUUUUCGAGUACUCAGAAACACGUGAUCUGUACCAGUUGCGUACGUGAAAAGCCUCCCGAGAGUCGCAAGGCAUGUGUAGACAUAGACGUAGCUUAUAAUCAAAACUUGAAAAAAUUAGAUAGAGCCCUUUUAUCGGUCUACGACAUGCAGAGUACAAUCCGCGAGGGCGUAGUGGCAUGUCACACGCUCCUAGAAGAACUACGGCAAAAUACAGACACGGAGAAAAUGACUAUACACAAUUUCGUGCAAACUCUCCACGAUGCCAUCAAUAAAAUACAAACCGAUAUGCACUUGGAAGUCCAACGACAAUAUGAAAUAAAAGAAAGAGCUUUUCGUAAUCAGCUUUUGACUUUAAGUGCAGUGCUUCCAAUUUUGCAACAUCACAUUCUUCUUUGUAGAAAUUUUGUAUCAACUUCAAAUAAGUAUCAUUUUCUUGAGAUUGUGUCUUUAAUGCUCGAUCGAUUAAAUACUAUUGUGAAAAUUCCACAGCCGACAAAGCCUUUAUUGACCAGCACAAUAAAAACGAAUUACCGUUCUGAGUUUGCUCAGUGUUUAGAACCAUGGUUUGGUAAAUCAGAUGUAAUGGACUCCGGCAUAUAUGAAUCAUCGAAAAAUAUAAACAGUCUUGCAGCUAAGUCCAAAGAAAACUUAAACUUAUCACAUUCUACAUUGCCUAGUAAAAGACAACAUUCUGCUCUUAAAGCUAAAGCUCUAGAAGGUGAAGGUACUUUUUCUAAUCAUUGUCGAAGUUUUGAUUCUCAGAUCAAGGAACUGGGAACUCAAUUGAGUUGUGUGAAAGACCGUUUAAAUGAAUUACAGAGAGAAGUAAGAGCUCUCCAAGGUACUAAAUCUCCUGCUGUGCCUCCUUUGAUAUUGAGGCAUCAAAAUAUUAUCAGAGAUUGUCUUCGUUUAAAUGAUACUCUUGAUAAAAAUAGAAUAGAAUUAGAAAGAUUGAGAUCUGUGUUCCAAACUAUUUGGCAAGAACAAUUAUAUAGAAUUCACGUUGAACAAGAUAUAUUCCAGUCACAAAUGACUGAUAUAACAAAUUUGCAAAGUGAAGUUAAACAGUUAGCAACAUUGGCGCAACAAUUAGAUCCUUAUGUCAAGCGAUUGACAUCCAAGCCAAAUAAUAAUGAAAUGGCAGAUUUAAAGAGUUUAUUGGAUCGACUAAGUUCUCUUCAGCAAACCCAAAGAUUUCCAAUGGGAUGCCACAAAAUGGAAUCUCACUGCAUGAGCAGUUCGUCACCUUUAUCUGACACAAUAUACGCCAAAGAUAAUAGACCAGAAACUCCAGUUAGAGAAAAAGAUCAACAAAUGUUAUAUUUUCAUAAGACGCAAUCUACUAAGAGUGUAUUAUCUCAUAUAGUAGAUAAAGUCUGCGUACGGGACAAAACGUUUCAGGAAUUUAGAGAGAGAAGCAAGUCUGAAGGCCGUAUAAAAGAUUGUCCAAUUAGAUCUAAACCAAAAAAUGUUGCAGGUGAAGAAUGCGUAAAAAAUACAAGAGCAUGUUCUUUAUACCAAAUGAUAGAUAUUCGUGAUAUGCAACAUCUUGCAGCUCAAUCGACUUCAAAUAUACAUGAACGGGAUUUAAAUGCUGAAAUGAUGUGUGAUAAAUUAAGAGAAUAUUUAAAAGAUCAUUUGAAAAAAAAACUGAAUGUUGAGAUUAUAGAUGACGAUAAAGGAUACCAAAAGCAGGAACAUAAGAAAACUUUUGAAUAUGUUGAAGGAAUGAUUGGAGAAGUUGAAACUAUCAGUUGUGAAGGACCAAAAGUUUGUCGUAAACAAGGAGGAAGAAUUCACAAGAAACCAAUGCCACCACCUGCACAAGAUCCUAUGCCUAUACCUGUGGCUGCACCAAGAAAAUAUAAGAGAUAUCCACAUUCGGACACUGAAGAUGGUGCUAAUAUGUACCAAGAAUCUAUAUCGUUCCGGCACAUUACUUCUCCCGAGGGCGAUAAAUGUACUCGAACAACAAAUUCAGUCCGUUGUCGAUCUAAAAAAACAGGACCUGUUCGGAAGCAAAGAUCGUGGGAAACAUUUCCAACUCGAAAGAAAUCGAUUACUCCAGAGCCAAGUAAAUUUUGUCGUGAUCCAGAAUCUUUUCGUAGUCAAUUCGAUCUCAAUACUUUCCAAGACGGAUUACGAAAAGCUGAUAGUUUUGAAGGACAUGAAGAAGCUGUAAGUUCACUUGUAAGAGAAUUUCAUAAAGUACGGUCCUUAGAUAAAAAAUCAAAAAAAGCAGAACAAUAAAAAUAAUAUAUUAAUAUAUAUAUAAAAAAUAAUUAUAAUUAGUGUAAUUUGUGUUAAUAUAUUUAUUAUAUAACUUAAGCCAAAUAUUAUAAGUUUUUUGGACCUUUAUAACCUACAUUAUUAUGAAAUAUCUGUUUUUUUUUUUUUAGAAAAUAUAUCUGUUUCAAUAUUGAUAACUAAAUAAUAUGUUCUAAAUUUUUUUUUAAAUUUUUGUAGGUUAUUAAACAUUUGAUUUUACAUUCUUAUUAAGUUGUUUUGAAUGUUUAUAUAUUAUUUUUGUUUUUGGAACUUGCAUCUUAUAAAGUAAUAUAGUUAAUUUAGAAAUUUUACAAUUUCUUUCAUUAAAUGUUUCAAUUAUUAUUGCAAAAAUAGCCCAUUUGCAUACUUAUUUAUUUUGUAUGAAUCUAACGCAGUUAUUUUAUAUUUAGUAUUCCAUUAUGAUGUUAAUUUUUUUACCGUUCUAUUAUCAUUUUAUCAAUAUUCAAUAUUGAACGACAGAAAAUUCUUCUCUAUUAUGCACAAAAAUAUUCACGUACCUAAAUUUUACACAUUACAUGACUGAUUUAUCCUUGUUGUAGACACACAAAUAUAUUAUUAAUUGUUAAAUUGACCAAAAUAAUUGGAAAUGGAGUGUUAACUAUGUGAGAGAAGCACAUACAUACAGUGAAACCUGCUUAUAACUGACUACCUUUAAGACGAUAAUUUCCUUACAAUAAAAAAUAAUAACAGUACCGUUUAACUUGUAUCCCAUAUAUUUUAGUCUCCCUAUAACUCGGAAAACCCUAUAACACGGAAACUCCUUUAUAACGAAAAAAUAAAUUGGUAUACCGAGCGAUUCCGUAGUAUCUUCUAACAUUACUACUAUAGUCACUAUAAUACUGUUUGUUUUAUUGGCAUGCUUUUUUAGAUUAUGGACUUAAAUAACAAUUAAUCCUUAUUCCUAAUAUUUUAAAGUAUCAUACAGUUUCUACUUUAUACAGUUUCCACUUUACUCUAUAUGUAAUAAAGAUAAUAUUUCCACACCAAACUAAAAUGUUUUCAUAUUGUAUGUUCGAUAUCCUUAUACUGUUAAUAGUUUAUUUUGGUGUGAUGUAUUUUCAAUUUUUAGUAGCUAUUAAAGUUAAUCAUCAAACAAGUUCUUUCUUUUUCUUUUCUUUUUUUCAAAUAGAGGCUUUUUUAAUAGCUUGUUGUGAAAAUCUAAUAUGUGUUGAUGAAUGAUGAUUCAUAAUAAGUUUAAUGUAUAUCUUGUUAUCAUAAGUUACCUAGCACAAUCAAUGGUACUAGAAUUUUUACUCUAUGCAAUUAAAUUAAUUUUAAUUUUAUUUUAAACCUUAUAUAUAUAGUUUAUAGAUACUCAUAUUUAUGUUAUUACUUAAAUUACAAUAUUAAAAUAAACAAUGUGUUUACUUAAGUCAUUUAGAGGACACUUCACUUUAAUUCAAUGUAUUAUAUCUUAUACCUAAUGUCUUAUGAUAUAUCUGACAUACAAAAUUUACUUUCUGAAUUUCCUAUUUAGUUUUGUUGUUUUUAAUUUUAGAGUAAAUCGACCUAUAUCAUCCAAUUUAGACAGUAAAAUUAUCUGUGCUCUCUCAUUGGUUUUUUUUCAACAUUUUAAUUUUAAAGCAACUUACAAGAGGAUAUUAUAUAAACAAAAACACUUAUAACUUUAAAAUACCUUUAAAAUUAACAGGAUAAUGUUAUUGUCUUUAAGUUUGAUAAUAAUAAAUUUACUCUAUUUUUGAAAACAACAAAACUGUAUUGUAAAUGAGGAAUGCAAAAUGUAUAAUAGAUACCUGGUCUGGUACCUAUAUUAACUUAGGUAUCUACUAUUUGGUAUAUAUGACAGAGAAAACCAAUGCUUAUAUAUAGUGUCCUCUCAAAAUGAUCAUAAUAUUUAUUAUAAAAUAUUAUGUUUCAUUAUAAGGGUUAUAACAUUGUAAGGUUAUACCUAAUGUACUAUAUAUUUUAUGUGAUAUAUACAUGUUAUACAACAACAUAAUAUUGGUUUUGUUUUAAUAUUAUAAAUUAUAAUGCUAUGUAUUAUUAUUCAUAUUUCAUUAUUUAUUGUUACAUUGUUUUAUUUGAAAUUUAUGUUUUAUAUCAAUUUAUAAUAAUCGUCUUACGUCUAGUUGUCUACUGGAUAAUUUGAAAUCGAGUAUCUUAUUUACUUUAACUUCCCAGCGUUUAAAAAAAAAUUGUUUGUAACAUACGUAUUUUAACAAGUUAAGAACGAUGGUGUAAAAAAAAUUUUUCGGAAUCAUUUUUUGGAAGUUAUAUCCUUUCAAAGUUUGCGAUUUUAUAUUUACACGCAUACGCACGACAUUACUUGUGUAUGUAUGUUUUAUCACAUAGUAUAAAGAAAACGCAUAAAAAAAGCAACUAAAUGUAUAUUUUAGGUAAUUUACAGCUGAUAUUCGUAUAUAUUAAAUUUAACGAUACCUGUUUAAUAUUAUCGUGAAUCUGUGUACCUAAAAAUAUAGUAUAAUAAUAAAAAUACUAUAAUAGC